AUGAAAUACGAGCAGUGCAUAGCCAAUGAUGGUUGCACUCUCGCAUUUCAGACCUCGCUACCAGUUAAAGAGGUACCCGAGAAAACGGCAUCUGAAGCUCGCUACGAGCGGUGCAUCCUCUUGAUGCAUGGGUUCAGCGGUUCGAGCGCAUAUUUUACGCGUAAUUUCGAGACGCUGAGUCGCGAUUACUGGGUCGUCGCCCCGGACAUGCGGGGUCACGGCAAUUCUAGUCGGCCGCUCGGAGGUUAUCAUGUAGCCCGUCUAGCUGUUGAUCUGCGAGCCUUGGUUACUCAUUUGAGAGACUCCUUAGCCCUUACCAAGGCCAAGCCGGUAAAGAUUGUGCCCGUCGGCUGUUCAAUCGGCGCUGCAGUCCUAUGGACCUACGUUGAGCUCUUUGGGUGCGACGACUUCAGCGGUUUUGUCUUCGUCGAUCAGGGGCCAUUGCAAGAUCGCUCGCCCUUUGGCAGCUGGGACGCGACGAAGUCCCACCUGGGCUGUUAUGACGAGCAGACAAUGCAAGCUGCGCAGCGGGAGUGGAUACAUGAUUCCGCCAAUGCGCAUCUAGGUCUAGUACAAUCUUGCUUGGGAUACCGAUAUGCGCCGGAGCCGGCUACUGACGAUUUGUCGGACGAACGACGGCGGCGCGACGAGGAAUUCUUUACGCGCAUUAGCGCGCAGUGUGACCAAACUUGGCUAGCGAAGCUGCUAGCCGACCACACGCGCUACGAUCACCGUGAAGCUAUCGCAGAUAUCACCUUGCCUACUCUGGUCAUGGCGGGUCGAAGAACAGGUUGUUUCCCUCUCGACGGCAUGAAGGAGACCGUACGGCGAAUCGAGUCGAAACACCCUGGAACGGCAAAGAUGUCAAUAUUUGACUCUGGCCACUGGCUAUUCUAUGAAGAGCCCGAGAGAUUCAAUAAGGAGAUCGCCGAGUUUGCACAGAUACUUUUUGGGUGA